CACAUUUUGUUAUUCGUAUUUAACAAUGUAUAUGACAUAAGGAGUGUUUGUAAAGCACAUCGUUGGAGGCUUUGACUGCAGAACAGUAGGCUUGGCCCAUCAUAUGCAGGCUUACCACGUAGAUCUGCUAGCUUCCUCCUGCUAAUUUAUACCAUACGUAUUACGAUUGAAUUAAGUUCUAAACAACCUGACGUUGAGACAUUUCUUGGUGCUUGAAGCCCUAUUCGACCAGUCACCAAUAAAGUGAAUACAAUACGUACCAAUGUAGACAACCCACCUGCCUAGAUGUUACUCCUACAGCUACUAUCAGCUCGUCUGUUUAAGCAGAACCCAGCAACACACUUAACGUUACCGCUCAUUAUUCAUGAUUGGGUUUGAUUAAACAUUCCAUUAAUCUUUUGGCAUUCUGAGAAUAAGAUGCUUUAUGGUGGGGGAGAGGGGGAGUCUGUUAGCUGUUCUUGCAAGGAACUGGUCAAUGUUUGGCUCCCUCAAAACAAGGUAGCUCUAUCGAGGAACACUGGCUUAGAAGUCCCGCCUUUGACAUUUAGAUAUAUGUCUAAUUUACCCCGACAUUAUUUUUUAUGACUACAUAGGCAUAUGAAAUGUCACUGCAGAUAAUCAGAACUGCAGUGACAUGUUGUCAUUGGAUAUGGCCACUCAAACUAAUCCAUCAAUGUAUUGAUGCCUCCUAAUUGGAAUAGUCAGGUUAUGGUUAGUGAUCGGGAUGAUUGUGGAAAUUCUGGGCAGACAAACAAGAAGGUGCUUAUUGAUACUAGGACAAUACUCUUCCAUCUUUUAUCUUGGUAUAGUCUUGUCAAAGCUGGUCAGUGACCUUAUUAGAGAGGCAUAGGAUUCCAUGGACUUACUUCCCCAUCCCAGAGCAGGGGCAAGGUGUUCAGGCACCGUUUUAUCCACUGAGGGCUGAAUAUGCCUUUUCCUUACACAUUCAGAGAGCCAGAGCAGAUGGUGGGCGAGGGGAAAUUGAGCCCAUAAGUCAGGGAUUCAGUUUCUUGUCCAGACAGCCGAAGUUAAGAUGUCACUUUAAUGAUGACACUGCAUUCACAACCCUGCAAAGCCUCCCGUGCGUGCUAUUCCACCUUGCUGCCACCGUUGCACAAUGUUUGUGUACACUCUCACCCCACAGCAACAUUCUCUGCAUAGCAAGCCUUGUUGUGGCCAAGCAGACUUUAACUGGUGUCGGGUGGGCGAGUGGACGGCAGAACACAUAUUUGGCAAUCAAGAGUGACAUUGUAGCCGACUGGUGUCAGAAGCUCAAAUACCCUCUUUCAGAGACCGCAGGCUGUAAAUAGCCACUAAACUUUGGAGCCAGAAGAUCAUCUCAGAGCCCACACAGAGACAGGCUGCUGUGUGUAUGUGUGGGGUAUAGGGAUUGGAAAGGGCUGACCUGUCUGUGGCCAGUAGUCACCCAGUCUCUGGUCCUAGCAGGGUUGUUUUUAGUCUUAGCUGGACUUGGGGGACUUGUGGAGAUGAACCAGGACGAGGCUUAUGGAGAGUCCAACAGUGAGUGAGCCCCCAGGGGGAGAUGACUAAGGAGGAUGUCCCCGAGCCUCUGGAAGGACGGGACUCUGUCCUUGGCCAUCACGCACGCCUGUCUGCCCAUCUGCAGAACAGUGGCCCGCAACAGGCCGUCAUCCACCAGGUGGCCUCCGCACCCAUGCCCAGCGACUGUGAGUUCUCCUUCUUCGACCCCAGCGACCAUCAGUGCAGGGAGAUUCUGCUGGACCCCAACACGACCGUACCGGAACUCUUUGCAGUCCUCCGACAAUGGGUACCCCAAGUCCAGAAGAACGUCGACCUCAUCGGCAGUGAGAUUCUGAAGCGAGGCUGCGGAGUGAACGACCGCGACGGCCUGACCGAUAUGAGUCUGUUGCACUACUGCUGCAAGGCCGGAGCCCCGGGCAUCGGCGACGCAGACACGGCCGCCAGCUUCGCCCGCCAUCUGCUGGCCCUGGGCGGCCAACCCAACCUCCGCUCGCGCUGGACCAACAUGCGGGCCCUGCACUACGCCGCCUACUUCGACGUGCCACAGCUCAUCAGGGUGGUGCUGCAGGCCUCCCAGCCCGGGGACGUGGACGCGACUUGCAGUGACUUUGACUUUGGGACGGCUCUACAUAUCGCUGCAUCCAAUCUAUGCACCUCGGCUGUUAGAUGCCUCUUGGACUUGGGAGCAAACCCUGCUUUCAAAAACGAGAGGGGCCAGCGCCCGGCGGACGUGGUGCCGGACCCCCUCAACAUGCCCCUGGAGAUGGCAGACGCAGCAGGCGUGGCCAAGGAGCUCCACGCCCUCCUGAGGGAGACGCUGCCUCGCAUCUGCUCCCCCGUGCACCUCGGCCCGCCCUCCCCGCCGCCGGCCCUCUCGGACAGGGCCCGCGCCCAGCUCGGCACCCUGGGGAUCCGCCUGGGGGACCGCGUGGUGAUCGCCGGGCAGAAGGUGGGCACCUUGCGGUUCUGCGGCAGCACCGAGUUCUCGGGAGGCCUGUGGGCCGGGGUGGAGCUGGAGCUGGCGGAGGGAAAGAACGACGGCUCGGUGGCGGGCGUGCAGUACUUCACAUGUCAGAACAAACACGGUAUUUUCGCUCCCCUGUCUAAGAUCAGCAAGCGCUCAGAGCGCCGCCAGAGCCACACCCCCAGGGCAACUCUUCCCCCGCGACCCCCGCGACGCCUUGACCUCUCCCGGGUCACCUCCAAGGUCAACACAGGUUUGUCGUCAAGUGUCCAAAAAUGCCCAGAUAAUCAGAAAGUCUCACCUGGUCCCAAUCAGGGUUCCGAAGGAAAAUCCUCUGGGAAAGGCGGCCUCUCUCGAUCGCUCUCCUCCUCGUCUUCAUCACUGGAGUCUCGCCAUGUGCCCGCCGCUCGCACCCGGCCAUCACUACGGCAACGUCCCCCUGCCAGACAGCGUCGGGAGCGCGUGUCGCCCGGCCCCGUGGGCGAGGCCCUGCCACGUCUUCCUGCGUCGUCCACGGCGACCAGCCUGGCGAGGACAGGUCCCCGGAGCCGGACACCGUCGGCCAGCAGCUCCGUGUUCGAGGGCCCAGAUGUUCACGUGGGAGAGCGCGUUCUAGUGGUGGGGCAGAGGGCCGGCGUGGUGCAGUUCUGCGGCCAGACCAGCUUUGCACCAGGGCUCUGGUUGGGCAUCGAGCUGGACAAGCCGAGUGGUAAGAAUGAUGGAUCGGUGGGGGGCCUCAGAUACUUCAGCUGCCCACCCAAACAUGGUGUCUUCGCACCGCCAUCACGGGUCCAGAGGAUCCAUGGGUCCGUCGACUGCCUCUCAGAGCUCUCCUCCUCCAGGCUGAACCGCCCCUUCACCGGGAGCAUCCGGCGCAGCUCCAGCACGUCCACGGCCAUCGACUCUCAGAAGGACAGUGCCCCCAGGAGCCCCGUCAACAGGCGCCGCUCCCUCCCCCACCGCCAGCGGUGGAACACGCUCAGCAGCAACAGCAGCGCCGGCGGGGGGAGGGGGGGCGGGACGUCCGGCCGGAGCAGCGUCAGCCCCGCCCCCCCCCCCGGUGGCGCCGACGGGCAGGCCCGCCUCCGGGUGGGCUCCCAGGUGCUGCUCUCCAGCACCAACGAGGCGGCGCUGGUGCGCUACGUGGGCGCGGCGGACUUUGCGGCGGGCCUGUGGCUGGGCCUGGAGCUGCGGGCGCCCCGGGGGAAGAACGACGGCGCGGUGGGCGGGCGCCGCUACUUCACCUGCCGGCCCGGCCACGGCGUGCUGGUGCGGCCCAGCAGGGUCACCCAGCGCGGCGUCAACGGCGCCCGGCUGGUCGACGACAUCAGCUGAACCCCCGCCGGGAGGCCGGGAGUUUAGGGCGUGUGCGUGUGUGUGUGUGCGUGCGUGUGGCGUGCGCAUAGGCGUCGAUUACGGGGGGGACGGGGGGGACAUGUCCCCCCCACUAUUAGAAAAACGAAUUUUGUCCCCACCACUUUUAAAAAUGUGUAAAAAUAAAUUAAAAAUCCCCACAUACUCAACCGAAAUCGUCAAGUCUAAAAUCAUGCGAUAGGCGCGCUUGAUUAGAC